ACGUACACUAGAAAAAACAAAAACAAUGGGAACUUGGGGGAUCUCAUUAUUCGUUUUAUUGGCCUGCUUGGUGGCUGCAGCCCCUUCCACCGCUAACUUCAUCAGAGACGCAGAGAUAACAUGGGGAGACGGCCGUGCUAAGAUAGUGGACGGUGGCCGUGGCCUGUCACUAUCACUAGACCAGUUCUCCGGCUCUGGUUUCCAGUCCAAGAAUGAGUACUUAUUCGGUAGAUUCGACAUGCAACUCAAACUCGUCCCUGACAACUCUGCUGGCACUGUCACCACAUUUUUCUUAUCAUCUCAAGGAGAAGGGCACGACGAAAUAGACUUUGAAUUCUUGGGUAACUCCACCGGCGAGCCGUACACAGUACACACCAACGUCUACGCGCAAGGCAAAGGAGACAAAGAACAACAAUUCAAGCUCUGGUUCGAUCCCACUGCCGCUUUCCACACCUACUCCAUCGUCUGGAACCCACAACGCAUCAUAUUCUUGGUGGACAACAGCCCCAUCAGAGUAUUCAACAACCACAAAGCCAGCGGAGUGCAAUUCCCCACGAGCCAGCCGAUGAGAGUGUACUGCAGCCUGUGGAACGCGGACGAUUGGGCAACGCAAGGCGGGCGGGUCAAGACUGAUUGGGCCAAAGCUCCGUUUGUCGCAAAUUACAGGAAUUUCAAGAUCGAAUCUUGCGCGGCAGGUACACCGUGUGCUUCUCAUGAGCUGGAUUCAAAUGGCAGAAACAGAUUGAGAUGGGUCCAGCAGAAACACAUGUUGUACAACUACUGCGCCGAUGCUACCAGGUUUCCUCUCGGAACUUCCAUUGAGUGCAAGCGCUCCAGGUUCUGAUAUAUAGUGAUCGAUCCGGCAUAUCUCAAAUCAUUAUUCUUUUAAUUCUUUCUUCAUAUAUUCAAUAAUGAUGUUGAGGCUAUGCAUGUGGGUUCUGUUUUGGUUUCUAUAUUCUAAUUAUUUUUGGUUUUGUUUUUAUUCAAUGUAAAUGUCCUUAAUAAAAUAUAUUGUUUCUAAAAUUGCUCGUAUCUAUGUUAUACAAUGGAGAGGUAUGUAAUUAAUUUGUUAUCGU